ACAUCGGAGGGCUUCAUGACACAUGAACCUAGGUAUUCUUACCAAAAGUUAAAUUACUUUGCAUUAAACUGAAGUCAAAUCUAUGAUUUAGGUGGACCACAUCCACACUCUUGAGAUCAGGGGGAAGACUGCAAUCCACUUGACUAUCCUAUCCUGCCGAUGUGCCCCUGAGCAAGGUGCCAAACCCCUAAUUACUCGAUUUGGGGCGCCUGACCUUGCCCAUGGCGAAAUUAUAUACAGUAAAAGUAACAUGUCCGGGAUAACAAUUGCAGUGGAGAAAGUAGAAGAUUGUGUUCCAGAGGUUAAUAAAAUGCCCAUACUACACUGUGCCUUCUGGUGUGAUUAUCACAAGUCAAUCUGCAACAGAUGUUGUAAAACAAUUAUUUAAAUUCAAUGGUUUUUAUUUGCAUAUUCCGCUUUGGUCGAUUUGGGAUAAUUUGGUGUUAUGUGAGGUCAACCUACAUAUGCGCAGCGCUGCGCAAAGGUGGCGCCAUGUUGACGUCCACGAAUUCCACAACACUCCCACAAUCCACCGCGGUCAUCCAUCCACACUUGGAUCUUGUACUGAAAGUGUCAAACCCAAGAUGGCGCUACACCGUUUAUUCCAGCUGUCCUCCGCGCUGCGCUCCGCCGUGAGCCUGACCCUGCGCAGGAACAUCGGUCUCUCUGCGGUCCUCUUCAACCGGGCCAAGGAGCUCGACCCGAUCCAGAAGCUGUUCUUGGACAAGAUCCGGGACUACAAAACCAAGAGCAAGUCUUCGGGUGGCAUUGUGGAAGCCGGACCAGCUUACCAGAAGAACGUGACCGACGAGGUAACCAAACUGCAGAGGCUCUACGGCGGAGGAGACCUCGCCAAGUUCCCCGAUAUCCAUUUCACAGAGCCCAAGCUUGAAGAAGCGGCCAAGUGAAUGCUGUCCAUGUUGUACAUCUCCUACAUGUCACACAUAUGUUGUAUUUAAUAAAAAGAUAAUGAUUGAACCAUGAUA